ACAAUAUCACAGUACUUAAGCGUCACUCGUACGAGGCGAUUGAUUUUAAUAAAACUUCUUUUAUUAACAAAAAAUUUUUUUUUUUAAUUCAAAAUGCAAAUAAAGGAUAAAAAAGGAAUUAUUAUAGGAACCGUUAAUCGCUUAGGAAUAGCCUUUUGCCGUGAACUGCUUAGAAAUGGUGCUGAAAAAAUUGUAAUGAUUGGAGACCGAGAGAUUAAUGACAAUGAAAUAUCACCAAUAGAUGAAUUAAAUCAUGAAUUCGGUGAACAACGAGUUACACACUACAACAGCGAUAUAUCGAAGAGUAGCGAAUUAGAUUCAAUAUUCAAAGAAGCAGUGAAUUAUCUUGGAGGACUAGAAAUUCUUAUUAAUAAUGCAGAUCUCUUUAAUGAAGUCGACAUAACAAAAGCUGUUGAUGUUAAUAUUGCUACAGUAAUUCGAAGUAGUCUACUUGGGGUACAACAAAUGGGAAAAGAUAUGGGCAGUAAAGGAGGAAUUAUCGUGAAUGUUGCAUCAAUUUUUGGCCUUGAACCUGUACCACAACUCCCCGUUUACUCAACUGCGAAACAAGCAGUUAUCAGUUUUAGCCGUUCAUUUUCACAACCUUAUCAUUUCAAGAGAACAGGAGUUAAAGUAGUUGUACUUUGUCCAGGAUUAUCGAAAGUCCAGGAUUAUCCGAGUGAAAAAUACCCAAAUAAUGAUUCGGAAGUCACCGAGGCCAAAUGUGCAACAGUUCAUCCCCAAAAAGUUGAAACAGUGGCCCAUGGUUUAGUAUAUGUGAUAAGAUGUGCACAAAAUGGAAGCAUUUGGAUAAGUGAAGACAAUAAUCCUAUUUACGAAGUGCAACUUCCCGACGUUCUUCCUCACAAAUCAAAAGAAGAAGAAUCAUCAAGUUUUUGAAAUUUAUCUUGAAUAAAAAUUUAUUAUUUUUAUUAUAAAUAUAAUAAUAAUUGUUGUUGUAUCUUAGUCAAAUUGAUUGAA